AUGAAAGUUCGCUAUUCAAAACAUUUUGCCUCAACGAACACUGGCGAAGGCAAUCCCUGGCGCCCAGGAGUUGCAGCUCGACUCCCAUGGCUGAGCCUUGGUGCUCUGCUGGUAUCAAUACUCGGAGGGGGAGCAUCAGUCGGAAUACUCGUUGCCUCCAACGGGCAGCCGAUCUCAAAAUGGAAAUACCAACCAACAGUCUACCUGUCUAUUGCUUACACUAUAACGAACAUCGCACUCCAAUUUGCUUUCACCGAGGGCGUCACUACCGCUUGGUGGAGGAAGGCCCUCAAACCAGACACCCAGUUAGGCGAUCUUCACCGCUCCUGGGCCUUUGGCAACAGCGUCUGGGGAGCAAUCACCAGUUUCCGCCGCUUCAAUGUGAUUGCAUUGGCCUGUAUCCUUAUAGCGAUGGUCCCUAUCAACGGACCUUUGCUGCAGCGGGCAUCUACCGUCGUGGUAGCUAGCGUGGUAUCCAAUGCUCGCUUGAAUCUGUCAGUUGCGACGCACCUAGACAUACCAACAGGGUAUCUGAGCGGGCGUGGAUAUGCCGUUUCUAUGAUUAGCGAGAAUUUCAGACCUAUCGUCCAGGACUACUACGGCAGAACCGAGAUCGCAAUGAAAAACACGGGCUGCAGCUCCAGCGGCAAAUGUACAGCCGGCAUGAGAGGCGCUGGCUUCGCAGUCAACUGCUCGUCAUACGAUGUUCCAUUCAGCGUUCUCCCUGCAGGUGGUUCUGACCCCGGUUCUGAUCCAGCCAUAGUCAACGGGACUUAUGCAUUCAUGUCUUCCUUUGGCUGGUCGGCAUCCGCGCCAAACAAUAUGAGCCUUAAUAUCCAAUUCAAAGACACACCUGAUUGCUCCGGCCGCUUGACAGUUCGGAAUUGCUCUCUCAGCAGUGCAAUAGUUCAAUACCCCGUCAUCAUAGACGGUAAUAAAUCCACCAUAUCCCUCGACCCAUCAUCCACCAUUUUCGACGACGUCUUCGAGUCUCACACCAAUGUCGAUCCCAACCUCUAUGGACCCCGACAAGGUCCAACCGUCCUUGGGGGCUUGUGGUUUGCACUCAAUAACAGAUUCGCCUCCACAUCCCAUAUGCGUUUCAUCGGGGCGGUGGGCUACGAGGUCCUCAGCACAGGCUCCACUGCUUCCCAAUUUGCAGUUGUAGCGGAUAUGCUGAAGGCCAAUGAUGCCUUUAACAGUGGGAUGUGUCACCUUCACUUCCAAGAUCCGACUCAGCAGCUGCUUCAGGAGGCACGGCAGUUCAUGUUUCGGACUGCAGUUGCAGCCGCAAAUAGUUCGGACAUUCAACAAGUGAUGUCAAGAGAGAUAGCUACCCGCCCUGUCUACCAGUCGCAUUGGCAAUUCCUAGGUAUCGCGUUAUUAGUUACCGCACUCGCGAUUAUUGCCGUCACGCUCACCUUCCAUGGGUUUUGGCAUUUGGGACGGCGGGUGACUAUGAGCCCCAUUGAACUUGCAAAAGCUUUUGAUUCUCCGCUCCUAAACUGCGAGGAUUCUAAUGCAGUCGUAGGAACAUUAGUGGAGAGAAUUGGCGAGAGGACAGUUAGAUAUGGGAUUGUCAGUGACGAAGUUGCUCAGGGUGGAGGGGCUCAUAUGAAUGGUGAGGGAUACUCUCAUGUAAAUAAUGCAUUUCAGCUCAAGAUCGCGGAUGUGGGCUGUGUUAGCCCUCCACAGAAAGGGUCGAUCUUUUGGUAG